GCCUGCGCCGGGGGUCCUGACUCUAUGGCCCCUGGGGAGCGCGCCGGAGCCCCCGCGCCACCCAUUGCCAGCCGGAACCGGAGCGCCAGCGGGAGGAAGAGGGGAGCCGAGGGCGCUGCCCGCCCCCGCCCACGGGCCCGCCCGCGGUCUCCGCCCCUGCCGAGGGGAAUGGGAGGCAAGUAGCCGGCUCGAGCGAGGCCACCCGGCGCGGGCAGGACCCGCGGAAGACCGCCAAGCCCAGAGACAGGGCGGAGAAGAGCAGACGGGUGCAGCCCCAGCGGGGCCCUCCCCCGGCAGCGCGCACCGGAGCGCGCACCCACUUUCACACUGCACCUCGGCUCCUGCCUAGCCUCGCCUGCCCCCCUGCGAGUGCCAGAACCCUCUGGGGCCGGAUGCCAUGGGUAACAACUUCUCCAACAUCCCCUCUCUGCCCCGAGGAAACCCGAGCAGGGCGCCGCGGGGCCACCCCCAGAACCUGAAAGACUCCAUCAGCGGCCCCUUCCCUGUCACCUCCCACCGAUGCCACCACAAGCAGAAGCAGUGCCUGCCGGCGCUGUCUGGCGGAGGGCUCCCAACCACACCACUGCUCUUCCACCCACACACCAAGGGCUCCCAGAUCCUCAUGGACCUCAGCCACAAGGCCGUCAAGAGGCAGGCCAGCUUCUGCAAUGCCAUCACCUUCAGUAACCGCCCAGUCCUCAUCUACGAGCAAGUCAGGCUGAAGAUCAUCAAGAAGCAGUGCUGCUGGAGUGGGGCCCUGCGGUUGGGCUUCACGAGCAAGGACCCGUCCCACAUCCACCCGGACUCGCUGCCCAAGUACGCCUGCCCCGACCUGGUAUCCCAGAGUGGCUUCUGGGCCAAGGCACUGCCUGAGGAGUUUGCCAACGAGGGCAACAUCAUCGCCUUCUGGGUGGACAAAAAGGGCCGUGUCUUCUACCGCAUCAACGACUCUGCCGCCAUGCUCUUCUUCAAUGGGGUCCGCACAGCUGACCCACUCUGGGCCCUGGUGGAUGUCUACGGCCUCACGCGGGGUGUCCAGCUGCUUGACAGCGAGCUGGUGCUUCCGGACUGCCUCCGGCCGCGCUCCUUCACCGCCCUGCGGCGGCCGUCGCUGCGGCGCGAGGCGGACGACGCGCGCCUCUCGGUGAGCCUGUGCGACCUCAACAUGCCGGGCACCGACGGCGACGAGGGCGCGCCGCCCGCCGGCUGCCCCAUCCCGCAGAACUCGCUCAACUCGCAGCACAGCCGCGCGCUGCCCGCCCAGCUCGACGGCGACCUGCGCUUCCACGCGCUGCGCGCCGGCGCGCACGUCCGCAUCCUGGACGAGCAGACGGUGGCGCGCCUGGAGCACGGGCGCGACGAGCGCGCGCUCGUCUUCACCAGCAGGCCCGUGCACGUGGCCGAGACCAUCUUCAUCAAGGUCACGCGCUCGGGCGGCGCGCGGCCUGGCGCGCUAUCGUUCGGCGUUACCACGUGCGACCCCGGCACGCUGAGGCCCGCGGACCUGCCCUUCAGUCCGGAGGCCCUGGUGGACCGUAAGGAGUUCUGGGCCGUGUGUCGCGUUCCGGGGCCCCUGCACAGCGGCGACAUCCUGGGCCUGGUGGUCAACGCCGACGGCGAGCUGCACCUCAGCCACAAUGGCGCCGCCGCGGGCAUGCAGCUGUGCGUGGACGUCUCGCAGCCGCUCUGGAUGCUCUUCAGCCUGCACGGGGUCGUCACGCAGAUCCGCAUCCUCGGCUCCACCAUCCUGGCAGAGCGGGGCAUCCCAUCUCUGCCCUGUUCUCCUGCCUCCACGCCAACUUCACCCAGUGCCCUGGGCAGCCGCCUCUCUGACCCCCUGCUCAGUACAUGCAGCUCUGGACCUCUGGGUAGCUCUGCUGGUGGCACGACCCCCAACUCACCAGUGAGCCUGCCUGAGUCCCCGCUGACCCCAGGCACGGGCCAGUGGAGUGAUGAAUGCACCAUUUGCUAUGAGCACGCGGUGGACACAGUCAUCUACACGUGUGGCCACAUGUGCCUCUGUUACGCCUGUGGCCUGCGCCUCAAGAAGGCUCUGCACGCCUGCUGCCCCAUCUGCCGCCGUCCCAUCAAGGACAUCAUCAAGACCUACCGCAGCUCCUAGCCCGGCGCAGUGCCCUGCCCUGCACGCCCAGCUCCUUAGACUUUGGCUCAGCUCCAGCUGAGGGGCAAGUCACCAGGGCCCUUCUCUUCUUCCUUAUUUUGGAAACUCUUCCCUUCUCCAUUAAACAUGGAAAACUAAAGCCCCUCAAAGUUUGCAGAGACAGAGAGGGUGUCAGGCAGGGAGGUGGGGCAUAAGCAGAUUGCCUGGCAGAGGGGAGAGGAGCAGUCCCUACCUUACUCUUCUCUGUACCUGACACUUCCCGCCAUGCUGCGGGGCUGGAGUGGAAUCCCAGCCUGUUCUAGUCUUGCCCCAUGUGGGGCCGAUUUCUCAGAGGUCACUCAAGUCCAUGUGGCCCCUU